CUUCCAUGUGUCCUUUAUGUUUCCAUAAAGUACAGCCAACAUGUGGACGGAGAAUUCUUUUCACUAUAUUCCUGAUUUGUUCCAUUUCGCCAUUUCUAAAAAUGCCUUCAUUGCCUCCUGUGGUCGUAUCUUGAGGCUACACCGCCUCCAAGGUCUCUGGUGCUCCUGCUUUGUUUCAUCCAUACAGAACAAUGAAACACAGCUCAGUUCUGUUUUCGCUGCUCCUUCUGGGGACGUGCUCGGCUCACACCUAUCAAAAUGUGGCCUUGCGUGGAAAAGCGACCCAGUCAGACCGGGUUACCAUAAAUGGAGCUGCCUACAAUGCUAUUGAUGGAAACCGUGAAUCUGACUUCGGGGCUGGAUCAUGCACCCACACCGAGGAACAGGCCAACCCCUGGUGGAGAGUGGACCUGCUGGAGUCCUACAUCGUCACCUCCAUUGUUGUCACCAACAGAGGAGACUGCUGUGCAGAGAGGCUCAAUGGGGCAGAGAUUCACAUCGGCAACUCUUUACAAGACAACGGUGCUGCAAACCCAGUGGCUGGUGUAAUUCCUCAUAUCCCAGCAGGCAGGUCUUUAAAAAUGACCUUUACCAGACUUGUGGAGGGACGUUAUGUGACUGUGGUUCUACCUGGUUUAAAAAGGGUCCUUACACUCUGUGAAGUGGAAGUCUACGGAUACCGCGCCCCAACUGGAGAGAAUCUGGCGAUCUACGGAAAAGCCACACAGUCGUCAGUGUAUCCGCAUGGGAUUGCGUAUAAUGCCAUAGAUGGGAAUCGUGCCACCUACUGGAACCAGGGUUCUUGUACUUACACGAACCAAGACUUCAACCCCUGGUGGCGAGUCGACCUGGGCAAAACCCACAGAGUGUUUUCUGUUAACAUCACCAACUACAGAGAUUCUAACUUACAACUUGUUGGAGCUGAGAUCAGAGUUGGAGAUUCUCUUGCAGACAACGGCAACAGCAAUCCCAGGUGUGCUGUGAUCUCAAGAAUCCCUCCAGCUUUCACUGAAGGCUUCCAGUGCAACGGGAUGGACGGUCGCUACGUUAACAUCGUCAUUCCUGGAAGAGCCGAGUUCUUGAGCCUGUGUGAGGUGGAGGUGUACGGCUCCAGACUGGAUUAGGUCCGGGGAGGUUUAAAAAUUCUAACAGUGACAUUAAAUUACAUUGCAGAUGUUCAGCUGAUGAGCAUCAGUCUCUCCGGGAUUGUAGCAAUUAACUCUGAUUUAGCCAACUGCUGUAAAUCCUGCACAACUUAGCAAUUAGUCCAUUCAUUUUCUGUGAACUUCUGCUCAGCACCCCUGAAGCUCACCCUGAGCUGAACCCUUUCCUGCAGCACAGGAGGAAAAUUUUAACAUAUUUCAUAGUGAGGAUACUCAUUAUUUCAAACGCACGACAAAAUUUACCAGACGACUUAAGAUCAUUUGGCACAAACUGUAUUAAGUAACUGUUAGAGCUUUGUGACUUUACAAACUAUAAAGUGUCACAACUCCUGCUGAGCUGUUGUUGGCACACCAGGCUUUCCCUCACCCGACAGUGAAGGUGCAGGGCACAUGCUGGUCUCACUCCCAUCAGAUGCUAACACUACAGCAGUGUCUGCCUCAUCUGUAGUGUUAGUUCAUCCUUGUUACUGGUGUUCAAGCAUAAAAUGAGGUCAGAGAUGUGUGUGUUUAAUACAGUGUUCAGGGUUGUUUGAAUUCCCAUUAUAUUCCCAUCUCAGUGAACAGCUCUCUGGCUGUGUUGAACUCUCGGCGCUGCCUCAUCGUUUCCACUGAAAAAUCCUUGACAGUCUCUCUAUUUUGAAAUUUACAGAAGAGAAAAAGAACCUCUCUGUGUUGGUUUGGUUUCAGUGGUGCCGGAGACUGAUCCAGGCUGAGCUCCAACCACUUUGGCAACAUGUCAUGAACAAAAUCCAGCAGUAGUCAAGUACACUCUGCACCUUUUCGUGAUACUAAAACACAUGCAAACUUCUCCUCCUGCUAUAAUUCUCCAAAUUAUCGAUCUUCAUCUCCAAGUAUGUUAGCUGUUUGCAGUCAAAGCCACUGAGGGAUCAUGACACACUGCCUUGCCCUAAAUAAAAUAAAAAGCCAGUUUUAAAAAUAAAAAGUAUUGUAUUGGUAUCGAUAUUAGUGAUUCUGGCCCUGAAUUAUCGCCAGCCUGGUCUUAUUCAGUAGUGGUUGAAUACUGCGGCUUUGUCAGUGAUUUGGUGUCAAGCCACCUUUCACAGCACUAUAAUACGCUGCCCGGUGGCGUCAGUUUGUAACGCAGCCAAACACAACCUUUCAUGGUGCUAUGGUAUGAUGCUGGUCGGUCAGACGGCAGCUGUAGUGGCGGUAUGAUAUGUCACUGGACAGCAUCAGCUUGAAAUGCUGCCAGUAACAACGCAAUAUAAGGAUCUGAAAAGUCCCUAUAAGGCAGACAGGAGUGGUGGUGGAUGGAUCCAACAAACCCCGGACUGUAAUCUGGGAGAUCAGUGUUCCCUUCCUGUAUGAAUGCAGAACCAAACCAUGAUGUUUUUUUUCUAAACUUAAACAUGUGCUUUUGGUGACAUCCUGGCGUUGGUAGGGUUGUACCGGAGCGUCAACAGCGGAUGCAGGAGGAUAUCUGGCAUGUGACAUGUAGACGUGAACAUCCACUGACAAAGCGGCGAUAUGUGACGACUAGAGAUGAGAAUGUGUUGGUAUCACCCACCCCGACAGAAUGUGUUCCUGCAGCUAUGGUAACAUCUCAUUUCAUUGUAGAGCUGCAUGAGACUACUGCUGCAGGAGUGUGAGCUCCACACCUGGGAGAGAGUCACAGUGACAGGGCUAACUGUUAGCUAACGGCUAAUGUUACCACACAGGUUUAACAACAGAGUCAAGCUGUUUCUGUGUCAGUGUGAGUUUUUCGGUCUUUUUAAUGGCUCGGUGUUGGAUGUUUGCCGCUGCUGCUGUGUUAGCUGACACUAACCGGGCAGAGAGAGCAGAAGGAGAGCGGCUCACGUAGACGGUCCUUCAGCGCCGCCUCAAACAGAUAACUGUAAUCUGACUGGCCAAAUGUUAUGAAUACUGACUAACAGGUUAACGUUUGCCUAUUCUACAUUUCAUGCGUAUUUAAAUUCUCAUUUAUAAAAAAUGUGGCAUUGUGUAAAAAAGCGCACCAUCAGACCAUAAAGGCGACAUGUUGCUAAUUCAGCUGAUACAUUGCGAUCAAUCAUUUUUCAUACAGUUAUAUUCAUCCAUGUCAAUCGUCAUCAGUGUGUGCAGAGAACAAACAUGUCCAGCACUUCAGUUAUAUUUCAAACUAUUAUAGACCUUUUCUCUCCUCCUCUGUCUCAUGUGGUUUCACUCAUUGUUUGUUUGCCUUUUCAACAUCAACAUAAUUAACCUAACCCUUACCAAUUUUGCUCACUCCACUUAUGUUCCCUACUCUGCAUUGUCUAUGUAGCUGCUUAUGUUUUGCUGUUUUGCCUCUGAUAACUGUUUCUGUUUUUAUUUUGUAUUAUGAUGUGUUUUUAUUGCACAGUGU